CCCACCUCGCCCCGCCCGCCCCGCCGGGGCCUCGCGGCCGCCUCGCGCCCGCCGCUUCCUUUCGCCGCCGCCAUCUUGGGAGCAGCAGCAGCCGCAGCAUGCCGCCCAAGGACGACAAGAAGAAGAAGGACGCGGGCAAGUCCGCCAAGAAGGACAAGGACCCUGUCAACAAGUCCGGCGGCAAGGCCAAGAAGAAGAAGUGGUCCAAGGGGAAAGUGAGAGACAAGUUGAACAAUCUCGUCCUGUUUGACAAGGCCACCUAUGACAAGCUGUGUAAAGAAGUACCCAAUUACAAGCUCAUCACACCAGCAGUUGUCUCAGAAAGACUGAAGAUUCGAGGUUCUUUGGCUAGGGCUGCUCUCCAAGAACUGCUCAGCAAAGGUUUGAUCAAACUGGUGUCCAAGCACCGAGCCCAAGUGAUCUACACUAGAAACACAAAAGGUGGAGAUGCGCCUGCUGCGGGGGAGGAUGCAUAGGAAGCUCUAAACUGAUGCCUGAAAGAGAGCAUAGAUGUCAGGAUGCAACAGCCUUUAAAGAGAUGAUGAAAGUUCCCUCAUCUAUCAAGUAAGACAGUGUUAUGCGUGGUAUUUUAGAACAGAAGCUCCCUCAACCUUUUCAGUUAUUUCAGUGAACUGUGGUUCCCAGCAGUCUCUUCAGCUAGUCGGCGCAGAUGUCCAGUGUAUUUAAUUAAAAGUGCCAGUGCAACAAGUAUGUGUAAAAGUACAGGUAUGCAAGUCUGAAAAGGUAGCCAAGCUUGACAAGACAGAGACCUUAGUGUAUUUUUCUCUGCCUGGAUUGAGCACUGUGUGAAGUAAUUCCUUUCUUUUGCGUGGGAAAACUUUCUCUGCACGCUCGCUACCACAAAACCUGCUCCAUUAGUAGUAGCCUGAAGAAGGAAGCUGCAUACCCACAGUCCAGUGUCAGUCCAUGCUACCCUGAAACUUACCUGGACUGCCACCUCCUGCCGUGAUUCCAAACCCGUCCAAAGGAAGGAAGCCAGCUGUCGCCUGUCUGAGAGGUAUGGUCAAAAUUGGCACCAACGCGGUCUGCUGGGAGCUUUUUCAAUUUCUGCUUAUCCUCUAAAAGAAUUUAUUCAGUUAGUUUUUAAAAAUCCUUUUGGUUCUUUAGUGCAGCACUGGAAUUAAUUUGAAGUUAACUGAAAUGUAUACAAGCUGCUCACUUUGCCUUAGAAAUUCUUCAUAUGAAGGUCCAAUUUGUUGUUCACUUCCAUCCCCUUCGUCUUCCUCUGUCAGCCAGGGAGGUUUUGCACCUAGAAGUCAUAGGGAAAAUGUAUUGAACCACUGAAGGUAUCUUAAGUGCCUAGCCUGAGGUAGGGAAGAAUAUCGCCUCUCCCCCUGUACCUGCAGCUUGUCCUUCUCUUUCAUUUUUUAAGAAAAAGAAGCUGGCCUGCCUUGGUUAAGGCCAUGACAGAUCACACCUAAAACCAUACAGUGUGCACAGCAGUAGUGCACAGGCUUUGCAGUGCCAAUAGAGUUUUCAUAGUACUCAAGUGUUUUCUUCUAUUUUAGAAUAUCAGUAUUUUAGCAAGAGAGGGAGCACCUGUUGGUCAUGUUGUAACUGUUCCAAAAUUGCUUUAAGUUUUCCCUGUUACACUUGUAACUCAAGAGUUUUAAGUAUGACAGUAAGUAAAUGAGUCAAUUAGCAGGCA